UCAGAAAUCUCCAAUAAACUCAUAUGAACUUACUUUAACACAAAGAAACAGAAAGUAUAUAAAUAUUUUCUUCUUUUGACAUUAUAAAUUGAGUUAGUUCUGUAAAAUUCACUCUGUCCAAGUCAUUUACAAGAACACUCAUUUCCAAUGGAAGAAUUUGUAGGGAAUGGAUCUCUGAGAGAACUUCUCCCAAGGCUGUUAGAAGAAGGCUGGGACGAUGUAUCAGCUCUGAAGAUCAUCAAUUCAGAAGACAUGAAUGAAAUAGGCAUGAGUCAGCAACAUAAGGAGGCACUUGAAAUUAGGUCGUACCUGCAUGAUCGUGCACUGCUUCAGUAUGGGAAUAAACUCGAAGCCACAGGAAAAUGUCUGCCUGAGCUUCUUAGCUUGAGUCGUGCAGAUCUUUCUUCUCAGCUUGAGAUGAAAAGAGGACAUAUCGCCCGUUUCUUGGACAGAACCAGUGCAUGUGCAACAGAUCCUCCGCCAGUGUCACAUUCCCCGUUAACAACAAGACGGAACAGCAUGGCCUCCAAAAAUAACAGCAUCUACAGGAAGGAUCUUUCAUCCCUCAACUCUGGAAAACUAAAGAGCAUGACGAGAACACCGGGAAGCAACAGUUCUUAUAAUCUUCCCCUCGAGCAAUCCAUGGCUAGUUUCAAGAUCAAAGAGGGACACGUCUUUAAGGGAAUUGUUGCAGCAAUUCCAGCAGAUCUUACACCAUGUGGUUGUGUACAACCUCCCACAAUAGUUAAGAGUGUAGCUCCUUAUUCAACUAUUGAGAAUAUCUCCGUCCAGAAACUGACUCCAGAAUAUAAGAUAGGAAUGGAGCGAUUGGUCAAAACGAAGACACCUCCCAUGAAAUCUUUGGAGUUAUGGAGAGAAAAACCAGCUAUAUUCCUCUGCAUACGUAGACCGGGGUGCAUCAUGUGCAGAGCUGAAGCCCACCAACUAUAUUCCAAGAAAUCCAUAUUUGAUGCACUCGGGGUCCAAUUAUAUGCAGUUCUUCACGAGCAAAUAGAAGCGGAGGUAAAAGACUUCUGGCCUCGAUACUGGGGUGGCGUUGUACUCUCUGACAGGGGCAAGGAGUUUUUCAAAGCUCUAGGUGGAGGAAAUCUGCUUAAAGGUAAGUUCAUAUCUGGUUUCCUAUUCAACCCACGAGCAAUUGCAAAUUACAAGCGAGCGAAGACUAUUGCGGUGGACCAAAAUUUUAGGGGUGCGGGUGAGAUAAAAGGUGGACUUUUCAUAGUUGGUAGAGGAAAGAGUGGCAUUGCUUACCAGUUCAUCGAAAGAAAUUUUGGCGACUGGGCACCACUAGAUGAAGUAAUAGAAAUCUGUACUCGACUCCAGAACAAUGAACAUCAGUCAAUUGGAGUCAACAAAAUCAGAUAAUGCAAUCAGAAGAGAGUAAUUUGGCUUCUAUUUACAUAUUUUUUGACUUUCAAAUUCAAGAGUAUGCAUAUCAUAAAUCUGGGAAUCCAUUAGGAGUACAAUCUUCUGCUAGUGGAUGUGAUUUUAUUUUUUGUAGCAAAAGGAUGUUCGAUUUGUUUGUCUCAUUGAUUCAGACUGUUGAGAAAGAAUUGAACUGAAAAUUUUGCUGGUAAACCAUUUAUCUAUGGCGUGCAACCACAUCAAAAUCCUAAAUUGGUUUAAUUAUCAAUAAAGAUGG